AUGAGAAAAGGAGUGAUAUCAAGUAGGCACGGAAUCAACACUACUUCAAAGAAAUUUAUAAUGUUAUGUUUGUUCUUCGUAGAGACACGCACUUCGAUUGCGAGUUGCGCUCAUUUUUGCGAUGCUAACUCAAUAUUGUUGUACUGUUAUCUUCUACAUCUGCUUCGUGUACGACGUGGUGAAGAUAUUUUUUCUCUUGUUCAUGGUUGUCGCGGUCUAUUCUCGACAUUCGAGUGCUACUAGUUGUGUAAUCACUUAGCGAAAGAUGUUGAAUAGAUAUAGAAAGAAUCAAAGCUAGAACUCUAUUACACAUUUUGUAUCAAAAUAUUUUGUUCCUUGACUGAAAUGUAUAUUACUACACCUGGAUCUUCUUUGUUCUUCCACAUACUUACCUAGGUAACUACGGGUCGAAAAUUAUACCUGCAAGCGUUGAAUGCUGACAAGACUAUCAAAUCCUCUAUUUCUUGGCGUCGGGAAAUUAUUUGCAUGUUGAGAAUCAGAUGUGCUUGAAUUUCGAUGCUGAAGAUGUCUUUUCAAAAAUAUAAUAAGCAGCACGUUGGCCUCUAUUGUCGUGACUCCUCAAGCAAUCAAAACAUGGGAUGAAUGUGCAAUUCCAAUUCAGCUCCUACUAGAGAAAACGUCGAC